GGGGUGCAGUCUCCUGCCAGUCUUUUCGUCUCACCAGACUCAGAAUCGCGUCCGUCGGAGACUCCAAAGCGCGUUUACUAGACGGACAGGCGUGUGGAGCCAGCGGCUUCUGACGCUCGGGAGGCUGCGUCCCACCUGCCCAGCCUUUUCCAGCUGGCACCCAGGCCGAGCUCAGCCACGCCCAAGGAGCAGCUCCGGCCGGGGAGGACUCGCCCGGCAGAGACAGGGUGCAGAGACAGCCUCGGCCCCCCACGGCGCCAAGCCCCACAGCUGCCACGGAGGCAGGAGCCAGCCGCCUGCAGAAGCUCAAGUCCGCGGCCCUGGGAGGCGCCCUUUCCUGGGCAGUGUGGGCCUGACUGCUUGCUCCAUCCAAGUGCUGGGGCCUCAGGCUGCCCGAAGUUCCCACAGGAGGGUCAAAGCAGCAUCUUCCCUGAAGGGCCCUCGCCCUGGCGCCCCCCGGCCAAUGGCCCACAGCUGCACCCGGUUCGUCCAUCGCCGGGGACUGCCCACUCGGACCCAAGCCGGCUCCAAGAGGGGCAAGAGACCAACGAUCCAGCGGCGGCCUCGGGCUCGAGUCCCAGGCCCGGCCCAUGAGAGGCCAAUGGGGAGCAGCCAGGAGGAGGGACUCCCAUGUCAGCCAAGCCAGCCAGACCACGACGCAGGUGGGCACUGUGGGCCAGACCUGGAGGGGGCAGGAAGAGCCUGCGCCACGCCCGGACCCCCUGGGCUCCUGACCAGCCACCCGCCUGCAGACUCGGAUGACACUGAUGCCAGCGGGCCCCCAGCUGCCCUCCUGGAGGGGCUCCUGCUGGGGGGUGGGAAGCCAUCACCCCCCAGCACCCAGCCGGGGCCCUUCUUCUACAUCGGAGGCAACAACGGGGCUGCGAUCAUCAGCUCCUACUGCAAAAGCAAGGGCUGGCGGCGCAUCCAGGACAGCCGUCGGGAGGACUACAUGCUGAAGUGGUGUGAGGUCAAGAGCCGAGACAGCUACGGCAGCUUCCGGGAAGGAGAGCAGCUGCUGUACCAGCUUCCUAACAACAAGCUCCUCACCACCAAGAUCGGGCUGCUCAGCACCCUUCGGGGGCGGGCAUGGGCCAUGAGCAAGGCCAGCAAGGCGCCGGGGGGGACCCAGGCCAGGCUGGGAAAGGACGCAGCAGCACCCACCCUGGAGGGCCUCCCGUGGACAAGCCCAGGACACCUCCGGCCACAGAGGGUCCUGAGAAUGGAAGAGUUUUUCCCAGAGACCUACCGCCUGGACCUCAAGCACGAGAGGGAGGCUUUUUUCACCCUGUUUGAUGAAACCCAGAUCUGGAUCUGCAAGCCCACCGCCUCCAACCAGGGCAAAGGCAUCUUCCUGCUCCGGAACCGGGAGGAAGUUGCCGCCCUGCAGGCCAAGACCCGGAGCGUGGAGGACGACCCCAUCCACCAGAAGACACCGUUCCGGGGGCCUCAGGCGCGGGUGGUGCAGAGGUAUAUCCAGAACCCGCUGCUGCUGGACGGGAAGAAGUUUGACGUGCGCUCCUACCUGCUCAUCGCCUGCACCGCACCCUACAUGAUCUUCUUCAGCCACGGCUAUGCCCGCCUCACCCUCAGCCUCUACGACCCGCAUUCCAGCGACCUCAGCGGCCACCUGACCAACCAGUUCAUGCAGAAGAAGAGCCCUCUGUAUGUGCUGCUGAAGGAGGACACGGUGUGGAGCAUGGAGCACCUCAACCGAUACAUCAACAACACGUUCUGGAAAGCCCGGGGCCUCCCCAAGGACUGGGUCUUCACCACCCUCACGAAGCGGAUGCAGCAGAUCAUGGCCCACUGCUUUCUGGCCGCCAAGUCCAAGCUGGAGUGCAAGCUGGGUUACUUUGACCUCAUUGGCUGUGACUUCCUGAUUGAUGACAACUUCAAGGUAUGGCUGCUGGAGAUGAAUUCCAACCCAGCCCUGCACACCAACUGCGAGGUCCUGAAGGAGGUCAUCCCAGGUGUGGUCAUCGAGACCCUGGACCUGGCACUGGAGACCUUCCAGAAGAGCCUGCGCGGCCAGAAGAUGCUACCUCUGCUGUCCCAGCAUCGCUUCGUGCUCCUGCACAACGGAGAGGCCGACGUGUGGCCGCGCCUGGGGGGCUCCUGCAGCCUCCGCCGCCGGCUGCCCCCGCCCACCCGCCAGGCCAAGUCCUCCGGGCCACCCACGCCGCGUGCCCCAGACCAGCCGGGCGCCCGCAGGCCUGCGCCACCUCCCUUGGCACCGCAGCGUCCCCAGCUGCCCAGCCCCAGCCCUGACCCGGACAGUGCCCACGAGGGGGAGCCCCAGGCCCUGGGCAAGGAGCAGUCGGGCACAGGUGACAGGCACCCGGAGCAAGAGCCUUCCCCGGGGACAGCCAAGGAGGAACGCAAGGAGCCCGAGAACGCCAGGCCCUAGGGGCGGCCACCCACGCCCCACACCCCACGCCCCAGCCACACUGCCCGCAUUCAGGGACCUAUAAAGGCUACUUUGU